GAAUCCGAGUUGGCGGAUUAUAUUCCCGUUGUAAAGACCUCAUGAAAGGAAACAAAAACAGGCUUCUUGUGCCUCACUCGACUACUGACCAGGGUGAGUAGUUUGUUAUUACAGUCUAAGAUUAAUUUAUUAAGGAUUCCUACUUGAAUUUUUCUUUGGAUGUUAAGAGAAAGGAGUCUAAGAUCUGUUCAAUUAGUUAUUUUAUUUUAGUUCAGUGAUUAGUGGGGCUAAGGUGAUCAUUACUGUUCUUGAGGUCUAGUAAGGCAAGGGUGAACCUGAAAGGCUAAGGUGAUCAUUUCUGUUCUUGAGGUCUUGAUGUUGUGUUUUGUGAUCAACCUUAAAUACAUUUGAUGGCUCAUAUUUUUGAUGUAAAAUUUCAUGUAACUCUUGUCAUAUCUCUUGCACGGUAUGUGUUCCAUACUCUUUUUAUAUGAUUAUGUUAGUUUGCAUGCCUUUAUGCAAGAAGUCUAAUGUGAGUUCACUAGGUAUUUUUUUGUUUCAUGUUAUCUUCAGAUUCUCUUACUAUACAGCGAGUACUGGAGGUGCUGGUCCAACAAUAUUGUGUACAAGUUUUUUACUGUUAGGAGAAGAGGUUGUUGCCUACAACAAAGGUGAAAAGGUCAAACUAAAGCCUUAUAGUGGGAUGCUAAAUGUUGAUUUUGGAAAAGGGAUCAAUAAGAGGGAUGUAUUUUUGCUGUUGAUUUGGAUUGUUCAAAUGGGCACAAUACAAUCGGUGUGUUUACUCAUAAGAGUUUGUCAGUGCUGCUCGGGUGAGAAGUUACAGGUCUGAUUCUCGUUCUAAUAAAGAGAAUGAUGACACUAACUUCAUCUUGAUGGGAUUAAGCUGCCUGGACAUGAUUUGGCCAUGACUGAAAUUUCUGCUCAUCCUAGGCAUAAAAAGAAAUUGAAAGGAGGGAAUGUUGAGAGAAAUUUCUUUGAUCUUGUUGAAUACACCCUUUAGCAAGAUGAAGACUGGAAAAGAAAGGAGGUUGUCAUCAAAAGUCUGAAGGAGAUGACAAGCAAGGUAUUGCACUACUAUAGGGGUGACUUCUUGGAUGAUCUUUCUGGACUUGUAGACUUCACUGUUCUUCUCAGUCUGAGCCCUCAAAAGAAAAUUGAAGUUGAUAAGCUGAAUAAGAGGUAAAAAAA